AUGACUAACACUGAAAGGUUCUUGAAACUUGGUGUUGCUGGCAGUGCCGAGGCAGUGAAAGACAGCGAGGUGCAAGGUAAAGGCGACGACGACCUGACCCAAACCACCACGCCAAGAUUAUUUCUACUUUCACCGCCGUCCCUCAUCUCAAUUGAUUCAACACACCGCCUGAACAAUUCAAUCCAAAUCCUAUUCUCCCUUAUACCUCCACCCCUCCUCACCAACCAGCAACUAUCAGCCAGCAUGAACAUCCUCACCAAAACCAAGAUUAUGACCACCAACUCCCUCUCCCCAGACUCAGUGCGCCUUCUCACCAUGCACAUGCACGAGCGUCUGCCCCGCGAACUCCGCGACCAAAUCUACUCCUACAUCUGGUCAGACGCCGUCAUUCGCGCCAUGAACUACACAUCCCUCUUAACCCUCACCAUCGGCGGCGUCGACAUUCUUGAAGCCGUCUUCACCAAGAUUCCAACCCACUACAUGCACCGCGCCGCAGCCGUCGAGGCUGCGGAGUGGUUCUACGACCACUGCACGAGCAUUGCGAUCAACAGCCCAGAUGAAAUCAAGAUGUUUCUCGAAACAGAUGUAUUUGGCAUCGGCGUAGUGCCCAAGGACCGCGAGCUGCGGAAGUUGACGAUUAAGAUCGAUGUCGGCAGUUGGAAAGCUCCGGCAGGUAUAUACGACGUGUUCGCGCCGCUGCUGCAGUUGAAAAAGCGGGAGGGGUUUCAGCUCAGCCUGGCCUUUCACGCCGGCGAGCACGGCCUCCAGGUCGUGAAGAUGAUGACCCUUGGUCAGCGACUCAACGCCGUGAUUGACAGACUCGGCUCCGGAGGAAUCAAGAAUGUUGAUGUUAACUUCCAUAUCGCCAUGGCGCAUCAUAACAUCUUUGUUGUCGCCGAUAUCAAGAAGAUGGUAGUUGGAGUGAACUCGGAAGCACUGAGUCUGGAGGGGUGGAGGAAGGCAGUGCUAGAAGAUGAACAAGGCGCGGUUCCGCUCUUAGCAGGAAUCGAUCCCGGGCUGGUCUCCAGGGUUGCGCCAGAGAUCAUCGCUGCAAGACUGGAUCUUGAUCUCUACGAGGCCAGACAGUGGCAGGUGAAGUUCCGGACGCUCUGUCGAUCUUUGUUUCGCCCGCGCCGUUAUUGA